AUGAACGGCAACAAACAAACAAACAACAGACUGGCUAAUGCGGAGAGGACUAGAUACAAGUUCAAGCAGGAGAAUGUCUUUCGCAGCAGCCAGCAGAGCCAGCAGAGCCAGUCGAAGAGCCUGACGACCAGGAAGAAGCCCGCCGUCGGCCAGUUACCGAAUUUCGAGACCCUCGUCUUUGUCGAAGAGAUCCCCCGGGUGCCUGUUAACGGGAUAACAGCGCUGCGGAACAGCUUUAUCGAGACGAUGAAGCCGACGACCGACUUGAGAUACAACCUCGCCUGGUCCUUUGGCGGCUUUCUGGUGGACAUCCCACGGCGUCUGGGGGUCAAUGAAGCCCUGGACUCGGCGGUGCAGGUGCUGGUUGAUUCGCAUCAGGACUUCUGCGCCGGGCUGGGAGUUACUUCGCGAGUGCUGGUAGGAUACUCCAGAGCUCUCAGGAUGCUCAGAUCGUACCUCAACGACCCAGUCAAGGCGCGAACGUCUGAGACUCUCUGCUCGGUCAUGGUCUUGCUGAUGUGCCAGCGGUUUAUCGGUAUCACUGAGGGUGACUUUACGGGCCACUGCGAAGGAGCCGCCCAGUUGUUAAGGGCUAGAAGAUACUAUGAUCCAAACGACGAGUUCGAAAGCAAACUAGUCCUCUCACUGCGAGGGCCGGUGGUCUUUGAGGGACUUCUCAACCAAAAGAUCCAGUUUACUCCCGAAGAAUGGAAAACCCUUGUGGAAAACCAUCUUGACGGAGUAACUCCCGAAGGCAGGAUGAUGCGUGGUGUUGCCAAAGUGCCAGGCCUCCUGAACCGAGCCAGAAAGGCCCGCAAAGACGGAGUGACAGACGAGCAUCUGCUAAUAGAUGCAUUGGCAGCAUACCACAUGGCAAAAGGGGCGGCAGACGAGCUACGAGAAAAGUACAAGAAGGCCGGUCUUCCCCCAAAGGGCGAGUUUUCGUUCAAGGACCCUAUUGUUAUGGCCCACUCGUUCUACCAGCGCUCCUUUGGCCUCAGUCUUACCGUCGUCAUCAUUCUCAGUUGUGUGGUUACUGGAAUCGACCCGGGCAACGCUGUUGUGGUAGACCCGUCAAUAUACAUUGACGAGAUACUUGAAAUUGCGGGCUCUGCGAUGAUAUACAGGCCGCUGGCGGCAAGCUUCGUGCCCAUGUGUUUAAUGAUGGCGUGGAUAUCUACUGGGGACCUGGCAAGAAGGAAAACCAUUGAAGCUGCUCUAAAGGCAUACGAGAAUGACUAUGCAGAAGGACAGGCUGUAGUAAUGACUCCGAAGGUCGAACAGAUAUCUCGCAUGCUACGAUUAGUCGACUUGGACGUUUGA